CGUAAAUAACACUUUAUGUCCAUGAUUGAGGGUAGAGAAAAUAAAGUGCUCGGCGUAUCAUUGUUUGCUGUCUUAGCACUACUGUACGUAUAUCAGGUCACGUACACCGUCGGUGUUCGCUAUGCCAGUGGUCAUAAACGGUCCCAGCGGUCGUCGCGACGCGUGAAAACAGCUCACCAAACGUGUCGACGUGAUCGCACGUGCACGAUGAGGCCGUUCGUGGUUGGCAUGGGAUUGGCACUGCUGCUGGCCAUCGGGACGUUCCAUGGCGCCAUAUGUUCGCAAAACGGCGAUGGAAAAAAAAAUUCAGUGCCGGAAACCGGAGGAAAACCCGCCGAAAAACAUUUGGCUCCCAUGCAUAGUAUCUCCACUGCGCUGCCGCCGCGGAACACGACCAACUCGACAGCGGUGGUGGGUACCCCGACCACACCGGAAGUGUCGAACGCGACGCAAAGCAGUGCACUUGACGACGCACAACUCCAACGGACACUACUCAAACCGAAGUUUUUGACGGAAAACUCGUCGACCGUCGUCGCGCAGACGGGAGCGUCCAGUCGGAUAUCCUGUCUCGUCGCAAACCUGGGUGACUGCGUGGUUUCCUGGAUUCGUAGACGAGACUACCGACUACUCACCGUCGGGCUAUCCACAUACACGGAAGAUUUGCGGUUUCAAUCUCUGCACCACGUUCAGACUGGGGAUUGGACACUACAAAUAAAAUACGUUCAACUACGAGAUGCCGGUUUAUACGAGUGUCAAAUAUCAUCACAUCCACCGAAAAGCAUUUUUAUCAAUUUAAAAGUUGUCGAGGCACAAGCCGAGAUAGCCGGUGCUUCCGAGAAGUAUCUUAUGCUGAAUAGCCCGCUGCAUUUGGAAUGUGUGGUCCAGCAGAGCCCCGUGGAUCCAGUGUAUAUAUUCUGGUAUCACGACAGCCGAAUGAUCAACUACGACAGCGACCGAGGUGUGAACGUCACGUCCGACUUACCGAACAAGCACAGCGCAUUGUAUAUUGAACGCGCGUCUCGCGCCCAUUCUGGAAAUUACACGUGUGCACCGAGCAACGCGUUCCCCGCCAACACGGUCAUACAUAUUCUUAACGGUGAGAACCCGGCGGCAAUGCAACACGGACACGGACGGAGUCUGAACAUGCUUAGCUGUCCGUCCAUAUGGAUACUCAUACCAUCUUUAGUGAUGUUCAUCAACUUAAAUACAAACUGAGAGGACAAUAUUAUCGAUGUGCGUCUGCAGUGAGAGCGUGCAUAACGAUAAACGCUACGCCUAUAAAGUAACUUUAUUAUUGUAGGAGAAAAAAAAUAUUAAUAAUAAUAACGAUGACAGAUUAAGUGUGAAAUAAAUAAACACUGUAAAUACAUUUUUGAUUACGGACGUAGCUUUUAAUAAUUUCCAAAACACUGUUAUUUGAUAUUAAAUAAUAAUAUUACGUCAUUUCACACUACACCAUGGUGUUUUAUAAUUUCAUUAAUAUGUCUGUCGAUACCUUUAUAAUAUACCAGUUAAACGAUUUACGAUGAUUCGAUAAUAAUACAAUAUAUUAUUAUAAUAAGAUAAAAAUAUUAUGUAAUCUGUUACAAAUUUUAUCCGUGUUAGUUUUUAUUAUGUUUUAAAUGGUGUAUACGAUUCGUAUAAAGAAAAAUGUAUAUAUUGAUGAUAUUUUAUUUGAUGUUUUCCAUGAUAUAUUGAUAUUAUGUAAAUUCAUACAUUCACAAUUUUUGCUUGUACAUUUUAGUUUUAAAAAUAUAAUGAUGUAGAAAUGUCGAGGAAAUGUUUGUUGGACAUAUUAUUACACACGUUAAAGAUAUAAAAUAAAUGACAAAUAAGGUCAUUUCAAUCAUGUGUUUAUUGUAUUGUACAUUUUAAUAUUAAGAACAAUGUUAAGUUUAUACAUCUAAUAUUAUAUUAUAUUGUGUAUGUAUGCACUAAUUUAAUCAUCAAUGUAUCCAAUUCCCUAAAAAUUGUUUUAAUUUGUGUAAAUAAACAUUUAUCAAGUAUUACGAAGAAGUAAUUUGUUCCGAUGUCUGAAAACAACUUUUUUUUGCCGAAUUUUUUAACAAAUUAUACGAAGUGGAUUAGAUUUUUAUAAAAAAAAAAAACACAAUAACGCGUUUUAAAUAUUAUAUAACAUUUAACCACUAAAAUAAACCUGUAAAUAAAAAAUUUACAUUUAAUGCGAACGCAAACAGCCAUUUUAAAGCCGAUAUGUCUCGAAAAUGUGUAAGUAAUGUUAAGUUAGUUAAUUGAUAUUAUCAUGGUUGAAUGAGUCACCAGAGUCCAUGUUUUGUUUGCCAUAGUUCAAUGUUUGCAAAACUUUACUAUUCACUGAAAUAUUAAACUUAGUAGCCCUUGAUGAAAUAAAACAAUACACUUCAUUGAACUAUUUGUGAAACAUUAAAGGAAAAUGCAAAUACGUCUCAAAUUUUCAGGCUUUUGAGAAUUCUUUUUGAUAUUAGUUUUUGUACAUAAAGGAAAUGCACAGGAAUACAUUAUUUUUCUCUUUAAACAAUGUGUUCGUAUGUUUAUUCCAAAAAGAGCAAAUAAGCUUUUGGUUUUACAACGUCGUCAUUUUUUCUCAUAUUUUUUUUCACAAAUAUUCUUAAGCAGUAAACUUUAUCAAAUUCUGUCAUGUAGAAUAUACAGUUCAUUGGAAAUCGAAUGUAGUUUGUGCUUUAAAAACUACGAAAUUAUUGAACACAAGUUUAGUUUUUUUUUUUUUUAAUAAUCAAUUAUACAAAUAAAACGAAUCUUAAUCUUCAGCAUUAACGAUUAUCAAUAAAUUCUAAAAAUAAAUAUGUAUUGAAAAUCACAAAUUCAGAAUUUAACGACAAAUAUUGAUAACACUUUUAUUAUAUACAUUAGUACUAUUAUAAUAAGAUGUUUUGUACUUAAAAUGAAACAAUUUCCUAAUAUACCUUACCAAAAAAUAUAAGUUAAAAUUUAAAAUAAUCAAAUUGUACGAUGAUAUAAAUCCAUAUACAUGUUUACUUUUAUUUUUAAAUACCAAAAUAAGCAAAGCAAUUUGUGAUGAUUCAAAUGUUUCUAAAAUUGUGAGCAAUAGAUGAAUCGUUAAGUUUAUUAUUUUAAUAAAAGUACUCAAUUUUUAAAUAUAGCACUGUUCAUGUUUGCAUGUUUGUAGGGGAGCAGCUUAUUCGAUUCUAAUGUACCUACCCAUUUUUUUUUCAAUUAUUAUUUUAAGUUCAAGAAAAAUUUUUUUAAAUUUUUUUUUUUAUAUUUAUAAAUUGUAUACAUUGUCAAUAAAAAAAAUGUAUUAUUAUCUGCACAGGUUAUUAUAUCUUCGAUUUAUCAAUAAUGUAAAAAUGAUAUUUAAUAUAUAUAUAUACCACCUUCGUAAGCUAAAAUUGAUUUAAAAGUAUUUUAUUUAAAUGUUUUUGAAUAGAAUAUUUAUUUACAAUACUUAUUAUAUGCGUGUAUAAUAUAAAUAAAUAAUAAUAUUAAAGCACCUAUCUUCCGUGUAAAACAAUAAAAUAUUAACUAAACUUAGAUAAAAUUAUUUAUAAUACUUCGAUGUGAUUAUGUUUUAGACAAUAUUUAUUAUUUAUAUAUUUUUAGCAUGUCAUAAUAUAUUUCACUGUUUUUUUUUUAUACUUAAUACCUUAAUAAAAAAUAUUAUAUUUAAUCAAAUGUACAUCCAUAUUUAAAUACACAUGCAGUUACCUUUAAAUAAAUGUAUUAUUAAUGUAUAGAUACAUAAUGGAUAUGUCUAUUCUGUGAAACAAGUUUUUGUGAAUUUUGAAUUGUAAAUAUAUAAUAAAAAACUGAUACUUGUAA